GCGCCCGCCCGGCCCGGCCCCCCCUGGCCGGUGGGUACCGGGCGGGGGGCGGCGGGCACCGGCAACUUGUGUUUAGCGUCCGGCGGUAGCGACCGGGGGGAACCCCCCCUCUACCCGACGAGAUUUGGGUUUAAACUUUGGGUUUUGGGGAGCCCCGAAGAUGCCUUUCCACCCGGUGACGGCGGCGUUGAUGUACCGGGGGAUCUACACCGUCCCCAACAUCCUCGCCGAGCAGCGCCCCGUGGAGAUCCCCGAGGAUGAGCUGGAGGAGAUCCGGGAAGCUUUCAAGGUGUUCGACCGCGAUGGGAACGGCUUCAUCUCCAAGCAGGAGCUGGGCACAGCCAUGCGCUCCCUGGGGUACAUGCCCAACGAGGUGGAGCUGGAGGUCAUCAUCCAGCGCCUCGACAUGGAUGGUGAUGGACAGGUGGACUUUGAGGAGUUUGUGACAUUGCUGGGGCCCAAGCUCUCCACCUCGGGCAUCCCGGAGAAGUUCCACGGCACCGACUUCGACACAGUCUUCUGGAAGUGUGACAUGCAGAAGCUGACGGUGGAUGAGCUGAAGCGACUGCUGUACGACACCUUCUGCGAGCACCUGUCCAUGAAGGACAUCGAGAACAUCAUCAUGACGGAGGAGGAGAGCCACAUGGGCACGGCUGAGGAGUGCCCCGUCGACGUGGAGACCUGCUCCAGCCAGCAGAUCCGCCAGACCUGCGUGCGGAAGAGCCUCAUCUGCGCCUUUGCCAUCGCCUUCAUCAUCAGCGUGAUGCUCAUCGCCGCCAACCAGGUGCUGCGCAGCGGGAUGAAGUAACGGGGGGCCCCGCCGCCGGGGACCCGCAGCGACAGCGAGGAGGAGACACCUAUAAAUAUCUAUAAAUAUCUCUAUGUACAUCCAUCUGUGGCCCAGAGACGUGCCCCCCGCGGGAGGGGGGCAGCCGAAGGGACAGAGCCGCGCCGGGGCCCCGCCGUGCCGGGCGCUGCCGUCGCUGCUGGUGGCAGAGCACGGAGACUUUGGUAGCGACACCGACACACCGACCCCCCCUCGCCAGACCAAAACCGACCCGUGAGUGCAUGUGACGUGCAUGGAGCCCCGUGAACCCCCUCCCGCGGCGGAUCCCGUCGGAUUCUCCGAUCUAGCGUUAGAGCUCAUAUUUAGGAUAAACCAAAUCAUGCCCUAAGCAAUACACGCGCCUGAGAUGGUUCCUAGAGCCGGGAGCGUUUGCAUGGACUUGGCUGCCAAGGGCUGGAUUUCCACCCCCAGAGCCCCUCCCUGUCCCCCCGCCCCGGCCCCGUGCCGUGCCUCGGUUUCCCCACCUGCCCGGGGAGGGGACAUUCCUGACCUGCUUGAUGCACUUUGAGCCGCCCCCCUUGGGAAGAGCCGGAGCGACCCCGAGGCCGGGGAGCCCCGCACAGCCCGGAAUCCCCCAGCCUGUAUGUAGCACCCACCUGGGCACGGACUGGUUCGGAUUUGGGGCCGUUUCUCAUUCUUUGGAGUUUUUGGGGGUUUGGGGGUGGUGUUUUUGUUUUUGUUUUGGUUUGGGGUUUGAUUUUUUUUUUUGUUUUGUUCUUCCUGGUUGGUUGUUUCCGAUCUGAAAUAAAACUGGGAUUUCUGAAGCGC